AAGUUUCAGGAAGGGUGUUGUUCACUUUUAUAUUAACAGGCAUUUUGAAAGGCUGAGGGCAGAUAUGUUAGAAGCACUCUUCUUAUUCCUAAGAGUUCAUGGUUCAAUUUACUCAUCCUUUCGCUUCCCCACUCUUCAGGUUCUGUAUAUUGGCCUGGCCUGUAAUACAGCUCGCUAUAUUUAUAUUUCCUAUCUGGAAAAUGCCUGGACUGUUCUCCCCAUGGAAGUCCUUCAAGGGGUGACACACGCGGCCAUCUGGGCAGCCUGCAUCUCGUAUCUCAGCGCAGCCGUUCCCCCUGAGCUGAGGACGUCUGCUCAGGGCAUCCUGCAGGGCCUUCACCUGGGUUUGGGCAGAGGCUGUGGUGCCAUGAUCGGGGGUGUGUUAGUCAAUUAUUUUGGGGCUGCUGCAACCUUCCGAGGAAUCGGCAUGGCCUGCCUGGUCAUCCUCCUGCUCUUUGCCCUGAUCCAGUGGCUGGCAGUGCCAGAUGAGGAAGAAGACAAGUCAAUGUUGGCAGAAAGGAUUCCUGUUCCAUCAAGUCCUGUUCCCAUAGCAACCAUCGACUUGGUACAGCAACAGACAGAAGACAUCAUGCCACGCAUUGAGCCCAGACUUCCACCCAAGAAAACCAAGCACCAGGAAGAACAGGAGGAUGUGAACAAGCCAGCCUGGGGGGUCAGUUCCUCUCCCUGGGUGACCUUUGUCUACGCACUCUACCAAAUUAAAGAGAUGAUACUGCUAACAAGAGACAACCAUGCUUCUGAGAUACAGCCUUUACAGUUGCACAUAGGAAAAGAGAUGAAAGGGGACCAGUGAGAAUCGGAGAGAUUCUCCAGCUGGUGGAGCCCAGCCUGUCCCAUGUGAGACUCACUCCGACCCAUCCAGCAACCAGCCAUCCCCUC